ACAACAUUGGCAUUAUACAUAUCGUCAAUGUCAUAGAAAUAGGCAAAAUCAAGGUCAAAAUCAUAGAAGAGGUAGAGCUCAAACAAUUCAUACAACUGAAUUAAAUUUGGAUAAUAUAAAUGAACUUUGGUCAGUUUCAUCUGACAUUAUACUCAUUGCAUCAUUUUUGGAUCCUCGAUUUAAAAACUUUGAAUGGUGUAAUAGUCAAG